AUGGCAAGGAAACAGAAAACAAACGUAAAGUUGACUGCUGAAGUCUCCAAGAGGAACUUAAGAUCAUCUUGCAAUAAAAAUAACAAUAUUGCCACGAUAUCAACCUCAAAGAAUGUUAGAAAACCUGCGAAGCGGCAACUGGUUAAAGACCUUUCGCCAACCCCACCUGAAAUUACUAUUCCAACAAAAACAGUUACUACCGUUGUCCAAAUACAAAAAACAGACCCUACAGAUAAAAUUAUUCCAACUGAUGAACAGAAACAGGUUACAACCGAACCAAUCAUUGCUGUUGUGCCAACUGUUGAACUCAAUUUGCAAAAGCAAAAAGGAGACCCCACAGAUCCAUUAAUUCGAAUCGAUGAACGGACACCGGUUACAACCGAACCAGUCAUUGCAGUGGUAGAGGAGCACAAAAUGGAUACUUCAGGUCCAAUUAUUACCGCUGUUGAGCAAGAAACACCGGAAGUACAAGACUACUCAUAUACAUCUGUAACAUCUAGAAUACCAUUUUCUCCACUUACUAAAAAACAAAAAAGAAGCAUAAUGGAUGAAGAGUAUGUCCAUAAAAAGUUUCGGUAUAGGAGAUAUUUCGAAAAGCAGAAAUUUGAACAAGCUGUAGAAAAAUAUAGAAGAGAGGCCAUACAGAGGUUUUCUAAUUAUGAACAUGACCAGUGUGUACAAACCUGUUCAGAUGGACUCACAAGAUGUUUGAAUGCUGGCAACGCUUUAAGUUUUCAUGAUAUCAUAGACGAAGAAUCACAGCUAACAAAGGCAUCAAGUGGGACUGAAACAGCGGAUGAAGGAUCGUCCACUAUUACGAGUAGUGAAACUGAGGAACAAAUUUUGCUUCUUUACGACAGACCAAACUCAGCGGAUAUGAGAACGUUGUUUCAUAACCUCAAAAUGGCAGGAACGUGUGGCAAAUGUUCCAAGAACUGUGUUUUUAAAGAACCUAAUAAAGUUACAGGGAAAGUUUUUGGUUACCCUUGUGAUAUUUGCAAAAGUUCCACAUUGGUGCAAGUUUUUAAUGAAAUAUGGUUAAGAGAUGACAUAAAGAGCACCGAACUGCAAAUGUUUGACUAUAAUAUAUACACGUAUAGAAGAGAUAGAUCUUUAGAAGCAAGUACCUUUAAAAGAGAUGGAGAAGUGCUUAUAGCUCUCUGGAAAACGAUAACCAGUGUUCGUUUAUCAGCGACUCAAAUAUCGAACAUCUGUUUAUCAAAAUUGAGAUUGACUACAUCGACAAGUUUUAUCUUUGCAACUGCCUACUUUCCGUCACUUAGUAUGAUUCAGAAGUCUGUCGAAUUUACAGGAAAUGUAGAAAAUCUAGCUGAAAACUAUCCAGAAUAUAAGUUAUGUAUCCUGGGAGAUUUUAAUCUUUCCAAUUGCCAGUGGUCCAUUGAUAGAUUGUCUUCUGUGGCUACUCCAUUACCAGGAACCUCACCAAAUGAAGUUGAGUUCAUUUAA